CGGGCGCGGGCGGCGCGGCGGCGGCGGCGGCCGGCGACCCCGCCAUCCCCGAGGAGGUAUGGAAUAUCAAGCAAAUGAUUAAGUUGACACAGGAACAUAUAGAGGCCCUAUUGGACAAAUUUGGUGGGGAACAUAAUCCACCAUCGAUCUAUCUGGAGGCCUACGAAGAAUACACCAGCAAGCUAGAUGCCCUCCAACAAAGAGAACAACAGUUGUUGGAAUCCCUGGGGAAUGGAACUGAUUUUUCUGUUUCUAGUUCAGCAUCAACAGAUACUGUUACAUCUUCUUCCUCCUCUAGCCUUUCAGUGCUACCUUCAUCUCUUUCAGUUUUUCAAAAUCCCACAGAUGUGUCCCGGAGCAACCCCAAGUCACCACAGAAACCUAUUGUUAGAGUCUUCCUGCCCAACAAACAGAGGACAGUGGUACCAGCAAGGUGUGGAGUGACAGUCCGGGACAGUCUAAAGAAAGCACUAAUGAUGAGAGGUCUGAUUCCAGAGUGCUGUGCUGUUUACAGAAUUCAGGAUGGAGAGAAGAAACCAAUUGGCUGGGAUACAGAUAUUUCCUGGCUUACUGGAGAAGAAUUACAUGUAGAAGUAUUGGAAAACGUUCCACUUACAACACACAACUUUGUACGGAAAACUUUUUUCACCUUAGCAUUUUGUGACUUUUGUCGAAAGCUGCUUUUCCAGGGUUUCCGCUGUCAAACAUGUGGUUAUAAAUUUCACCAGCGUUGUAGUACAGAGGUGCCACUGAUGUGUGUUAAUUAUGACCAACUUGAUUUGCUGUUUGUCUCCAAGUUCUUUGAACACCACCCAAUAUCACAGGAGGAGGCCUCCUUAGCAGAGACCGCCCUUACGUCGGGACCCUCCCCGUCCGCGCCCCCCUCCGAUGCUCUGGGGCCCCAAAUUCUCACCAGUCCAUCUCCUUCAAAAUCCAUUCCAAUCCCACAGCCUUUCCGACCAGCAGAUGAAGAUCAUCGGAACCAGUUUGGACAGCGAGACCGGUCCUCGUCAGCUCCAAAUGUGCACAUCAACACAAUCGAGCCUGUCAAUAUCGAUGACUUGAUUAGAGACCAAGGGUUUCGUAGUGAUGGAGCCCCUUUGAACCAGCUGAUGCGCUGUCUUCGGAAAUACCAAUCCCGGACUCCCAGCCCCCUCCUCCAUUCUGUCCCCAGUGAAAUAGUGUUUGAUUUUGAGCCUGGCCCAGUGUUCAGAGGAUCGACGACAGGAUUGUCAGCCACCCCCCCUGCCUCCUUACCUGGCUCGCUCACUAAUGUGAAAGCUUUGCAGAAAUCUCCAGGACCUCAGCGGGAGAGGAAAUCAUCCUCAUCCUCGGAAGACAGGAAUCGAAUGAAAACACUUGGAAGGAGGGAUUCAAGUGAUGAUUGGGAGAUUCCUGAUGGGCAGAUCACUGUGGGACAAAGAAUUGGAUCGGGAUCAUUUGGGACUGUCUUCAAGGGAAAGUGGCAUGGUGACGUGGCAGUGAAGAUGUUAAAUGUGACAGCACCCACACCUCAGCAGUUACAGGCCUUCAAAAACGAAGUAGGAGUACUCAGGAAAACUCGCCAUGUGAAUAUCCUCCUCUUCAUGGGCUACUCCACCAAGCCGCAGCUGGCCAUCGUCACCCAGUGGUGCGAGGGCUCCAGCUUGUACCACCACCUCCACAUCAUUGAGACCAAAUUUGAGAUGAUCAAGCUCAUAGAUAUCGCCAGGCAGACCGCACAAGGCAUGGAUUAUUUACACGCCAAGUCAAUCAUCCACAGAGACCUCAAGAGUAAUAAUAUUUUUCUUCAUGAAGACCUCACAGUGAAAAUAGGUGAUUUUGGCCUCGCCACAGUGAAAUCUCGGUGGAGUGGCUCCCAUCAGUUUGAACAGUUAUCUGGAUCCAUUUUGUGGAUGGCACCAGAAGUGAUCAGAAUGCAAGAUAAAAACCCAUAUAGUUUUCAGUCAGAUGUAUAUGCUUUUGGAAUUGUUCUGUAUGAACUGAUGACUGGGCAGUUACCUUACUCAAACAUCAACAACAGAGAUCAGAUCAUCUUUAUGGUGGGUCGAGGCUAUCUGUCGCCAGAUCUCAGUAAGGUACGGAGUAACUGUCCGAAAGCCAUGAAGAGGUUGAUGGCCGAGUGCCUGAAGAAGAAGAGAGAGGAGAGGCCACUCUUCCCCCAGAUUCUCGCCUCUAUCGAGCUGCUGGCCCGCUCAUUGCCAAAAAUUCACCGCAGUGCAUCAGAACCCUCCUUGAAUCGGGCUGGCUUCCAGACGGAGGAUUUCAGUCUCUAUGCUUGUGCUUCUCCAAAAACACCCAUCCAGGCAGGGGGAUAUGGAGAAUUUGCAGCCUUCAAGUAGCCACACCACCGGGCAGCAUCUACUCUUUAUUUCUUAAGUCUUGUGUUCGUACAGUUUGUUAACAUCAGACACAGUUCUCUUCCUCCAGUCUUUUUUUAAAGAUAAAGAAUUUUCAAUGCAUAGCUGGUAUGGAACAGAGUGGAAUUUCCCAUCCAUCGAAAGAGGGACGAAUGUUUUAGGACCAGAAUCCUCUGCUGCCAGUGUUUCUUCUUCGACACAAAUACCACGUGCAUACCAGUCUGCCCGCUCCCCGGAAGAGAGAGGAGAGAGCCUAAGCGCUGACCUUUUGACGGUCAGGCCUGAUGGACCGAAAGUGCUGCUACCGCUUGGGACUUGGCUCUGGGAAGGCCGCCAGGUGCCUGGCCCCUAACCACACGCCCGCCCGGGGCUGCUCAGCCGGUGAGGC